CCUCCCUCUCCGAGGACCUGCGCUCCUCUCUCUCCGACGCCCUCCUCCCUCCCGGCGACGACGCCGUCCUCCCUCUCCGAGGACCUGCGCUCCUCCCUCUUCGACGCCCUCCUCCCCUCGACGGCGCCCUCCUCCGUAUCCGACGACGCCCUCGUCCCUCCCCGCGACGACGCCCACCGUUUCAGCCUCACGAGCUGCGCAUGCCAACUCCUCGAUGAAAUUCCCAUGAGAGACUUACAUCGACUAGACCCAUUCAAAUUUGAUUUUUUUUCCUCGAUGAAGCGUCUCCAUGAUUCGACCUCAAUUGGGAUUUUCGCGCCGGAACCUCCUUCGAAGACUUCAUCAGUACUCUUCUGCUGCUCUUUUGACAAUUCUAGAUGACCCGUUGGUCGAUUACGUCGAGAGAACUAGCAAAACUUCGCAGGUUAACCAGUUCAGCUCUUGCACUGUGACAAGCCCGACCCUUUUCCCCUACGUUGCUGUCUCUGUGAAAACUUUGAAUGGGGAUAUUUUCCGUGAGAUGAAAUUUGCAAAUGCGGUGGAAAUAUAUGGCCUUUCUCAUGCGUUAGAGUCAUUCUCAAUGCUGGUCGGGAUUUUCUCACAGGCGAAAAUGCAUGCAGAAGUUAGGCAUUUGCUUCUUGAUGCAAUGGUUUUUGACAAGGGAUUGCAUUCUGAAGUUGUGAGAUUUUCUAGUGGUUCGAUUACGCCGUUGCAAGCCUAUGGAGAUCUGAUAAAAGCUCUCGUGGACAAUUCAAUGAUUGAGGAUGCGCUGGAAUUUUGUUUGGAGGCUAUGGGAAUUGGGCUGGAAAUCGGCGUCCCUCUGUGCAAUUCUUUGCUCAAGUGUUUCGUCGAGAGGAAUAAUGUUGGGGUUGUCAGGAGUUUGUUUGAGUAUAUGAAGGUGUUUGGGCCAUCACCGAACAUUUACACUUAUACUACUAUGAUGGAGUUGUACACUAAAGGCAAUACACUGGAUGUAGGUGAAGCUAACAAGAUUCUUGUAGAGAUGGAAAAUCAUGGUGUCAGGCCUAAUGCAGUAACAUAUAGCAUGUACCUUCGAGGGCUUUGUAAGAUAGGGAAGGCUGAGAGUGCUUGGGAAUUUCUUAAGGACUUGCAGCAUAAAGGACUUGAGUAUGAUAACUACUGUUGUAAUGCUGUCAUUCUUGGUUUCUGCCGUAAAGGGGAGUUGAACAAAGCACUUACAGUAUUGGAUGAGAUGAAGAAGUGUGGCUUAUCACCUGAUGUUCAUAGCUAUAGCAUCUUGGUCGAUGGGUUUUGUAAGGUGGGUAAUGUUUCUGAAGCUUGGAAUCUCUUUGAGGAAAUGCAUAGAAGAGAAUUAAUGCCUAACGUGAUCACGUAUACCUCUCUAUUGUGUGGAAUUGCAAUAAAGCUGUUUCGUGAGUUGAGAGAUAAGGGCUAUGGGAGAGAUCUUAUGGCCUAUAGCAUUCUCAUUGAUGGAUGUUGUCAGCAUGGUGAUCUGGAUGGUGCACAUGAGCUAUGGCAUGAAAUGAUCCAAGACAAGUUUACUCCAGACAUUUUCUGCCAUACCAGUCUAAUUUACAGCUAUUGCCAAAAGCAAAAAUUGCAGGAAGCUACGGAUCAGUUUGAAAUCAUGCUUAAUGAUGGUGUGGUGCCCAAUGUUGUUACUUGCACCAUUAUUAUUGAUGCGUUCUGCAAGGAAGGGCGUGCUAUAGAAGCUUUUAGGUUCUUAAAUGAAAUGGAGGAGCUGGGUAUCAAUCCCAAUAUAUUUACUUACACUACAAUCAUUGAUGCACUAUACAAAAUUGGAAGUUCAUGUGUUGCAUGGGAGAUUUUUGGAGCUAUGAUAAAGAGAGCUCUUGUUCCUGAUGUAGUUCUAUUUACCAUCCUAAUCAAUGGUUUAGUCAAAACAUUGGACUUGGAGAAAGCUCUUAUGAUCUAUGAAAUGAUGUCUCAAAGGGGUAUAGAUCCAAACAUUUUUACUUACACAAGUCUCAUCAAUGGGCUAUGCAGCGCUGGAAUGCUUCCUACAGCUUUGGGCUUAUUUGAGGAAAUGAAGUGGAAGGGAUUCAAGCCUGACAGGGUUCUUUACUCUACGAUGAUUUCAUGUUGCUGCAGAUGCAAGGAUAUGAAGAAAGCUCUGGUAUUUGUCAAUUCAAUGGAGACAGAUGGGUUUGAACCUGACACCAUUGUGUACAGUUCAAUAAUUGCAGGUUAUUGCAGGUCCAACAAUAUGGAGAUUGCUGUAGAACUGUUCUAUAAAUUGGAGAGACAGAAAUUCAGACUUGACAGAAGUAUGUAUACUUCAAUAAUUGCUGCUUAUUGUAGGUGCAAUGAUAUUAAGAAGGCUGUAAGAUUGUUCAAUAGAAUGGUGGAAAGUGGUUUACUACCAGAUGUGUAUAUGUAUACUUGUUUAAUAGAGAGAUGUAGCAAGUUGUCAGUGAUGAGCAUUGCAGAGUUGUUGCUGGCUAAAAUGAUUAUAGUAGGAUUCACUCCUGAGGCAAUAAAUUAUACAACUCUUAUACACGGAUAUCGUAAGAUGGGUGACUUUGAGAAGGCCUUUGAGUUGCAUAAAUGUAUCCUGACGCAGCUUCCUGAAUCUUUACAUCAAUAGGCUGGAAAAUACCAACAAUUAAACCACCUCAGCGUAUAUGCCUGGAUCAGAUGAUACUAAUUUGCACUCAAGUCCUACUGGUUCACUACGUUCUUGCAGCUAUAAGUGAGAGGGAAACUAAGGGUAUAAGGCAGUUAUUGGAGAAGAAAGAGGGUAGUCUUUGACGAAAGAUGAUGGGAAAGAGAGUUAAUUUUGCCUGAGGGAAUCAGCCAUUCAGUUCAAUAGGUGCAGAACCAUGUGGUAAUCUGAGGCGACAAUUGAAACGAUCCUCCCUGAGUUAUUUUGGUUGAUGAUUAUCCAAUUCUUAAGCUUGGGCGUUUAUUCCACUUGAACAAUAUGUAGAACAAGUGGGCAGGCAUCUGACUAAGCUUGGAGAAUAACAUGGAAAAUUCAAUUUCAGUUGAUGCAGAUGGCCGUGCAUCAUGAAUUUGGUAUCAUUCAUGGAUGUUUCACUGAAACUUUAAUCAACGUUCUACAUGCAUCUUAUUGAAAAAGCAUCUCAAGCAUGAAAAUGUGAAGUUGUAAAAACAAUGGAGAUCAAGUCAGAGUUUUAUAGUUGGACCACCUGUCAUUCGUCAGUCAGUUCUUUGGUCGUAAUACCCAAGGACGUGUUAUGGUUCAUUGAGAUUGGUACUUAACACUGCAACGGUUGUCUAAGCAUAUCCUAAAAUCUACGCAGAUCAAAGAUCGAGCGGCUUGCUAGCUGGUAAGUUGAUUCUAUGGUGGACCAGCAAGGAGGCUUUGUUCCGUUCUGUUGGUCCCGUACGUAUGAAUAAGCUUUCAUAGCUAUUGUCCUGAUGGAGCUAUCAUUUGGAUAUUUCCAGCAUGAACCUUGGAAUUCAUAUUUACGUCAUCCUCGAUGAGUUUUACAGAUUCAUAGCUCCAGUUAAUGGACCACCUCGCCCAUCCUUCAACAUCUACUGAAUAUGAAAGCUCGAGCUUGAGUUACUACCCGGUGAUUUUGAAAUUUCUUUUGAUUGAGCAUCAGUUUAUGUUUACAACGUGGUAUUUUUCUUGUGAACAAUUAGAGACUGUGAAAAGAAUUUCUGAUGUUUGUUGUGUACCUGUAUUAUUCCAAUUUACACGAGGAAAGUUAUUGUUAUAGCAUACGAGAAUCUCUGGACUGAUUUGUUCAA